GCCAAGCGUCCGCCUCUCCCCAGCUCUCCCGGGCUGGUGGCGGGAGGUGGGCGGGCUUUCCGGGACGCGUGCGAGCAAGGUCGGACGCAGCUUGCAAAUAAGUAAACUUGACGACAAGUAAAUAGCCUAUUGAAUCACAAAUUGUAAGAAAGGCAAUACACCAAAGCAACAUAGUAUAUAAACACAAAAUAUAAAAACCGCAGGCGUGAGGAGAGAAGCAGCUCCAGAGUGGAUGUGUCUCAACUCCAAGGCAGAUCUUGCCAAAGGAACACGGGAAUCUUGUACCUCACAGCUUAAGAAAUGGCUUCGCUUUCAGAAUAUGCACUGCGCAUGUCUCGUCUAAGUGCCCGGAUCUUUGGUGAAGUGGCCAGGCCUACCGAUUCAAAGUCCAUGAAAGUGGUGAAUAUGUUCAGGGAGCAGCCCUUGGCCAAAAAGAAAGAGACUUACGACUGGUAUCCAAAUCACAACACGUAUUUUGCACUCAUGGGCACACUCCGUUUCCUUGGCCUCUACAGAGAUGAGCAUCAAGAUUUUAAGGAUGAGCAAAGACGUCUAAAGAAGCUCCGUGGAAAAGUGAAACCAAAGAAAGGAGAAGGGAAAAGAGCUACAAAGAAGAAAUAGUACCAGCUUGUCAGGAAAGAAAAUGUCUUCCUCGAUGACUAAGAAAGUGUAUCUCAUCUUUUCAUCUAUUAGAGGAACGUGACCUUCCUCAGUAGACACCAACCCUGUGUUCAUAUCCACUUCAGUUAAACUGUAACUGGUUUCUUGAAGAUAUUCUAAUUCUUCAAAAUUAUACUUACUUUGGUUUUGUAAUAUGAAGUUUACCUAAUUCUCUAAUGGAAUGAAUAAACUAUUGUCUUGUGAUUUGUUUAAGAUGGGAAUGAAAUAUUGUGAUUUGUAAAUAGAGACUGCUUAUUUGUUUCCCAGCCACCUAGACCUGAAUAAUCACACAGAAAUUUUAUUAACUACAACACUGUUUGGCAAAUAGCUUAGGUAUAUUUCUAGCUAGCUCCUACAUCUUAAAUUAACCCAUUUCUAUUAAUCUGUGUAUUACCACGAGGCUGUGACUUUAUCAGUAA